GGUCCAUCAUUCUUUCGGCGCCGAGGGCUCGCGGUGUCGCGUUCGUUGCUAGGGGAUCCUAACGGUUCCCUUCCUUCCACCUGCGGCCGAAUGCCGUUGCCGUCGCUCUCUCCCGCUCGGGUGUUCGCUGAGUUGGUGUCGCCACCCGUCGGCUCGGGCACCGGAGAGGAUGAGCCGUCCAGAGCCGCCGAAGGUGGGCCGCCUGGGAGGGAAGUUCACGUGAGUGGCAGCGCGGAGCUCAGCGCCAGACCGGAUCGGGCAAAAGUCACGGUUUACUUGAGAAGCAGGAAGGGCGAAGCUGGCGCAGCGCGGAGCAGCGUCACUCGUAGGCUGGACUACAUUGCCCAGACUGCCCGACAGCGCGGCGGGAUCUCGGAGAAUGAUGUGACUGUGACAAAAAACUUCAGUAGAAUAAACAAUGCGUAUAAGAUGGAAGCAGAGGUCUGCAUUAUAUUUACUGAUUUUGGGAAAAUGCAAGAUACAUGUAAUCAUCUUGUUGAGAAACUAGAUAGCUCUGUUACCAUCAGCCCACCUCACUUUUACCAUACAGUGGAGGCUAUAGAUGCCCUUCGGAGGCAGGUAUGCGUUUCUGCUGUUAGGAGUGCUCAACAAAAAGCUCAAGAAGUUUGCCAACUGUUUGGACACUCCCUGGGGAAGCCUUUGCUAAUCAAGGAAGAAGAGGUGAAGGAGUGGGAAGGUCACCUUGAAGAUCAUACAGCCAAUUCUUCAGAUUUAUUGAGUUUUCAGCAGAAACUGCAGAAUGCCACCAUCUAUGUUUCUUCAAGGGUAUUUGCUAUUUUUGAAAUAAAGGGAGAGAAGAAGAAGAAAAAGGCUGCUCUUAUAAAAGUGAACUAAUUAACUUCUGAAACAAUUAGACUUUUUUUUCCUUUAUGAAGAAGAAUGUACUCAGGAAGCUCUACUUGAUUUUCCAGUCUUAAAAUUAAAAUUACAAUUGGACUAUAAGUGGAAACUCCUAUUGAAUAGGGUGAAAAAUAUGGAUCCUUGCCAGUGUUUUUGAAAACACAUACCAAUUGUAUUUCUACAAUGUUAAUGUUAAGUUACAGUUACUUAGUCUUUGCAUCUAAAAUUAAUGGAAAGCAUUAUUUAGCUAUCAUUACAUUACAGUGCAAAAAAAUGCUCAUUGAACAUGAUUUUGAAGUAACUAAUGACUUGUUCUGUUGCACAGCAAGGCAAACAUAGGUAAAGGUACACUGCAGUCCUCCCCUUGUCAGCUGGUUCCUCCUUUUUAGAGCAUUAGUUACUACAAUUUCUGAGAAAACUGGCUUAUCUAAAAGGCAUAUUUAGAAUUACCUAUUACACAGCAGCCAGGAGUGCUAUUGUGUAUAUAAAUUUAUCCUCAGACCUAAAAAAUAACAAGGCAGGCAUUAUUCAUGCAGUAGUCCACACGCCUGGUUUGAAUCCAAAGCAGUCUGCAUUUUAAAUAAAAUAUUUGUACAACA